ACUUGGUUUCAAAAAGAAAGGAAAACAAAACAAAACAAAAAAAAUCCCAAACCCAAUAACCUUACAACACAUGCGAAAAGCAGGUGUGUCUUGAGUUCUUGGGAAAACAAAGGGCAGAGACUGAGGCAACACUUGACGCUAGGAAGUUUCCUUUCCAGCACAGGAGGACAAGUUUGGAAAAGACGUGGACAAGACUAGCAGUUGUUGUCCUACAGCGGCAUCUCUGGUCAGCCUCACACUUGAAAAUCGAGUGCAGACUCUAGGGAUAACAUGUUCUCAGGGCAGUAAUAACAUGUUCAGUUAAUUAUACAAGCUCCUAUGACUCGUAUUCCAUUUGAGAGAGAUCAAAGCAACCUCGGCUGUUGUGGAAAGGAGAGGACUUUUAAGAUGGCAUGGAUCUAAUCAGAAGAACUUCUCUUUGAAUCAUCUGAAAAGGCCUGUAUCUAGGUGAAGUCUCACAACAGAUUAACCUCUCUAUGAACCAUCUUUGCUGAGGAACCAUGACAAAUGCCUGUGAGUGAAACCCAAGGCAGUGGUGACUUCAAGGGUAUUUUCUGGCUGUAAGCUCGUUGUUCUCCUCCCUCCAUUCACAAGGCUCUGCAGCAAAAGCACUAGAAAAAAUGCCAUCCUGGGGUACUGCAGCUCUUUGUUGCUUAUUUCUACUUGUUGCAGAAACAUACCAGACAUCACAGGACUCAGACUUUGACCCAUUCAUCCAAUAUGCACAGAUUGACAGUACGCUAGAAGAGGAACGUUUACAUUCAGAGCAGCAAAGGCAAAAGCGAAAUGUGCUUACUUUCGACUUUCCUGUCAUGGAGUACACCGUUGACAUUGAAGUAAGCCUUACAGAUUCAUCCUUUCUGGGGCCAAUCAAAGAUUAUUUCAAGAAUCUUAAUCUUCCAGUUUCAACAAACUUUUCAAAUGUAGAGAUGACAGUUUUAAGCAUCAAUGUUACAACAGUUUGUCUGACCACUGGUGAGAACAAGAGCUGUUGUUCCUGCGAAAGUGGAUAUGCAUGGCCAAGAGCAGUUUGCAGUGACUUGAUAACCUGCCCUUCUGUCGGUCUAGCAUCGAAACAGUCCUGUGGCUACAUGAAACAACUGCCUUUCUAUGGGCCUUACUGCGAGCCUCAGAUGGGAGAUCCUUGUGGUAUGGGAGAGCCCCUUGUAAUAAAUAUGUCAGUCAGACUCGACACAGACUUUACAAACGAUCUCAGGGAUUCUUCUUCUCAAUUAUACAAAAAAUACAAGGCUGACCUUGAAAAAGCGUUUAAUGAGAGCUACAGAUGUUUACCAGGCUUUGUAUUGGCAACAGUAAUCAGUUUCAGGCCUGGAAGUGUUUCAGUGAACUAUGAAGUAAAAGCAGCAUCAGCAACCUUCAAACAGAUAGAAAAUUCUAACAGAUUUGUACCACAGUUUCUAGACGCAUCGUAUGGGCUAAUUCCCACCUCCUUUACCACAGAAAUAACGAAUCAGACAAACUUCACUGUUAGUCCUGUAGAUAUUUUUGAAGGCGAUACAAUAACACUGAUUUGUGAGACAAAUAUAACUUCCGAGAACGUGACCUGGUAUCAUUCUGGUCAGAUCAUCUCAAGCAGCAACCGGCAUUCACUGAUGAUAAAAAUUACGCGUAGAACCUCAAAGACAGUUCUUAAAAUUACUGAAGUUACAGCAAUGGAUUCCGGUUCCUAUAUGUGCAUUUUCACAAACAGCAGUCUGCACUACAAGCUGAUAUAUAAAGCCAACAAAGCAAUAGACGUCUCUUCACUACACAUCAUUUCACACUUAAAUGACAUUGAUGUUAUGUGUAACAGUCCUGAAAUGCAGACAAAUGGUCCUGUGCUAUUCUGCUGUAUUGACAGACAACUACCAUCACUAACUGGUGACUGGAAAGUAAAUGGACCUAUCAACAUAACAGGAGUCUCCAGCUUCACUGGAAACUGCACUGAAUACAAGCUCAAAGUCAAUGCACUGCUAUGCCCACCUGAGAAGUCAGGUACAGUGACAACAUACACCUGUGAGCUGUGUACUGGACAUGGUGCAAGCAUCAGUCAAAAUAUCCAAGUGACCUAUUUCCGGACAGCACAUGUAACCAUAACUUCAAGCAUAAAAACAUCUGUUUCUGCGGGACGCUCAUUUCAUCUAACAUGCACAAGCAAUGUGAGCAAUUAUGACAGCAUCACUUGGGAAAUCCAGGACAGAAAUAACAUGAAAAUUAUAGACUGUGCUACGUGCAUCAAUAACAGCAAAUUCCCAGCCAAAUCUGUGCUCAGUGUGAGGACUGCCACUGAGGAUUGGAGCGGCACCUACAUCUGCACGUUCUCCCAGAAGUAUGUGAACAGUUCUGCCAAUGUGACAAUCACAGUUGUUCCCUUGCCUCUGAAGCAGAACAUCCUGCUAGAUCCCAUCAUGGCAUUUAUACAGAACAAUGAGCUGCAAGCCCUUAAGUGCUGCAUACAUGCUAAAGCUGGAGAAAAUUAUGAUGUUACAUUUGUGGUUCAACAAAAUGAAUUUCAAGUUGGGAAAAAGAAAGAAGGAAAUUUGUUGUGCUAUUACACAAUGUAUAAUUACACGGAACCAAAACCAGACAGCGAUACAUCGUCCCUCCAAGCGUAUUGUAAGUUUGUUAAUCACAUGGGAGAUGAAGUCAGGAGUGACAACAUAAUACUCAAGCCGGUAUCUGGUAGGAAAGUUCACUGCUCAGGCAGUUUGGGCAUUGGAGAACAAGGGGCCAAAAUAAUGAAGCCGUGCACUGAGUUAAACAAUGAAGAUGGUUUUAACCGAGGCAAUGUAACUUAUGUGUGUUCUAGCAGCUCCUGGAUGGUUGCCAGAAAUGACUGCCUUUCUGUACCAAUAAACAAUUUGCUUCUGAGUGCUGAGUCUUUGGUCAACAACCCCAGAGCAAGAGCAGAGCUACCUAAAUAUCUUGAGGUACUUCAGAGAAAGACAGCAGAGGAGCAAAGCACACUAAAUUAUCCUGCAAACCUAGGUGCAAUUGUUACCAUCCUGGAUUUGGUCUCCUCUAUCCCAGUAGAUGCAAAGACUGCCAGUAUUACAAAUUUCCUCUCUACAGUGGACAUGAUUGUUAAUGAUUCCAAAAUAGAAACCUGGGAAGCACUGGACAAGCAGCAGCCACAUAAAAGUUCUUUGUUACUACUUUCAGUAGAAAGAUUUUCAGAGCUUCUCCAACCAGUCAAUAAUACCAUUCCUCCUGUCAACACAGAUACCAUUCAGCUAGAUGGUAUAGUAGUGACAGAAAACAGCAAGGCAGACUAUAGUAAGAAGUUCAUCAGUAAAGAAAACCUCACAGUUAAUGUGCUCAUAAAUGAAGGUGAAAUUCAGACUCUGCCACAAAACUCAACUAUUGUCAGUGUGGCCUACUCAACUCUUGGACGUAUUUUGCCUCAGAGUAAACCCAUGCUCGUGAAUGGCUUACUGCUAACAACAACUGUGAGCAGAAACAGAAGCCAGAACAUCUCCAUUAAUAUGACUUUUGCAAAGAAAAAUGCUUCCCUAAAGGAGCCACAGUGUGUCUUUUGGAACUUUGGUCCCAAUAGCAGCGGAGAUUGGAAUAGUAGUGGUUGCACACCCACAGAAGUAGGAGGUGAUGUCAUUUGCUCCUGCAGUCACUUAACAUCAUUUUCAAUUCUGAUGUCACCUGAUGAAUCCCGUCAGGGAAGCACUGAAGACUAUAUUACCUACGUCGGCCUGGCCAUUUCCAUCUUGAGUUUGGUGGUCUGCAUUAUAAUUGAAUCCUUAGUCUGGAAAUACGUGACGAACAACACAACCUCCUAUAUGCGCCAUGUCUGUAUACUCAACAUAGCUAUGUCACUCCUGCUUGCUGACAUUUGGUUCCUUGUCACUGCCUCCAUUCAUAACAAAAAGCAUAUCUGUACAGUGGUCACCUUCUUCAUCCAUUUAUUCUACCUCAGUGUCUUUUUUUGGAUGCUCAGCCUGGGCCUCAUUCUUUUCUACCGACUGGUCUUCAUCUUACACAACACAAGCAAGACCACUCAGAAAGUCCUCGCAUUCUGUCUGGGAUAUGGGUGUCCCUUUGUCAUUGCAGUCAUCACCAUCGCUGUCACUCUGCCAAGGGACGUUUACACCAGAAAGAAAGUCUGCUGGCUCAACUGGGAGGACAGCAAUGCUCUCUUGGCCUUUGUCGUACCUGUCCUGAUCAUUGUGGCCAUUAAUUUGUUCAUCACUGCAGUUGUCAUAAUAAAAAUACUGAGGCCAACCAUUGGCGAUAGAACAAACAAGCAGGAGAAGAACUCUUUGAUUCAAAUUGGCAAAAGCGUGGCCAUCCUGACACCACUGUUAGGCCUCACCUGGGGAUUUGGCCUUGCCACUAUUAUAAAAAGCAGCUCCCGGGCAUUCCACAUCCUCUUUGCUCUGCUCAACUCUUUGCAGGGAUUAUUCAUUUUGGUGUUCGGGACUCUCUGGGACAAGAAGAUACAAGAAGCCUUGCUGAAGACGAAUUCACUGUCCAGAUGGAGUUCACAGCAAACAAAGUCAACCUCCCUGAUCCUCGUCACUCCAAUGUUCGCUAUGAGUUAUCCGUUUUCAAGAACUUUUAACAACUUAUGUGGGAAAACAGGAAAAUACAGAGUAUCUUCUUCAGAGCCAUCCAGCUCUUCCUCUGAAAACACCUCCAAGUUGUAUUCUUUGCUGAACUGAGGCACUGCAAAUGCUAAACAAUGUAUCUGUAAAAGGACCCACAUCCUGAGAUGAAAAAAAAAAAAAAAAAAAAAAAGCAUCUGUGAAUCAUCAAGAAGUGAACCGCUUCAUAUUUACUAAACUGUGCCUUGGUGCAUACUGCUGGAAUAAUCCUUUCUGGUUAAAAUGUGAGGCAGGAAAGUUUUGUGAGGUGGAAUUUUAUAUUCUUCCAAUGCCAGAAGAGAUUACAAGAUAUUUCAAACUUGGAAGGAUUUGAAGGCCUUCAAGUGCCAGUAAAGACAUCAAGACUGAAGAACUUUCAGCCUCUAAGAGGGUGCGCUUAGCACUGUGCAGUACUAAGCUAUAAAACACAGUGCUGUCACAGCUGUUGUCCAGCGAUUUUAUUAUUUCUCAUUGCCAACUCUCUGAAUGAUGUCAAAAGCCUGUGUAGAUACACAAAUACCUCAUGGCUUCUCAUCCACCCUCCUGUUAAGAGUUUGAAACAGCUACAGGGUAUAGUGCUCUGCAUUUUUUAUUUAAGACUUUGUGGAACCAAAGAUUCACAGCUGAGAAGGUCCAUUUCAUAUCUUCACUUUUGAGUCAGAUAAAAAUGAAGACCAUGAUGAUUCCUGCAUGGUUAUCUUUCAUAUGGGAUGCACCAAAAGCUUCAUGUGGCACAUUUUUAAGAAAAGGAAGCAAGUUUUAUAUUCCUAACUACAAUUCUCUCUCCCUUGAUAUGUAAUGUGAUAAGAGAAAGAUGGUUGCUGCCCUUAACCUCAGAGGGGACUGCAUUUAUUUAGUGCUACGUACACAAGGAUUCUCUUGUAUAAAGCCUGUAUGUUUAGAUCUUCUGUUGCUCACCAGAAGAGACACACUCUUGGAGGGCUCAGAGAGUCAAUUCUGCAGAAAUCAUGUGGCAGGCAGGAUGAAAGGUUCUAUAUAAAUUAUUGCUCUAAUGCUACAUUUGUGGAAUUAGUUAUUUAAAAGCCUCUAUGCCCUUAAAGGCAGGGGUCAGAUGUCUUAAGCUGAGGAUUAUGAAAGUGCCUGUAAAGUAUUUUCAGUACAGUUAAGAAAUCUUAAUGUUAAUUAUGAUAGAAGAAACUUCACAAAUCAUAAGGAUUUAGAUUUGGGACCAACAAAUUUCUUAAUAAUGCUGUUAGGUGGUGUAGCCCCAUUUGGUUCCUAGGAAAACCAGGGCUAUGUUCAACAGUGGCGAACUUGUUCCUUGGACUUUGGAAAGGGCCAGAAUGGGAAACUGUUGUUUCCAGUUACGGGGUUGUGUGGCAGUUUCAGAUCUGCAGGUGUUGAUGGUGAUGAUGACUGAAAACAAUAAACAGGCAUCAACCAAGUGUAUCAUUUAUAGAUAAAUCCAUUUUUGUUUGAAAUUGUGUUUGUAAUACUAUAGCACAGUUACAGAUCAAGAGUUACUUGAAAAUCUAGAAUCUCUGAACUGUAUGAAUAGUGGAAACUUGAAAAUUGGACCUUCACCUUUCCAGAAAUGCCACUUAUUAUUCCAAGUAAGAUUUGAAUUUGGACAGCCAUUUAGUCUAACCCACUCCAGAAGCAGCUUGUGCAAUAAUGAUCUGCCGCAGAAGGAAUCGCCUUUCUGUGGGAUAAACUGCUUAUGAACCAUGAAGUGUGGCCCUAUAGACAGCACAGUUCCACAACAACUUUUAUUUCUGCAGUUGUUUCAUUUCUGAGGUUUCAUCACAUCUCCAAGGUCAGGUAAAUCUGAGUCCAGAGUGUAUGUGAAUGAGAAAUCAGUGUGCGAUGCUGAGCUACCUAGCACUGAAGAGCUACCUUGGGAAGAUGUUAAAAAACAAGUUCCUUGUCAGCAUUACAAAUACUGUGAGAGUUUGUGAAAGAGAAUUGGCUAAGAAAUUAACUGUACCUGCCUUAAGAGUAGUGGCCAGGGUUUCACUGAUCUUGACAUAAAGAGAAGAGGAGAGAGGAGAGCUGGAAAGGAGUGCUUAAUGAAGGAAGAAUGGCAAACACAUGGCAGCAACUACUCUACACUCCUCCAGUGCACUCUCAGUGGUAAGAACCUGGAUGUGCCUCAGCACAGGCAAAGUGGGCAGUGGUAUUGCUGCUACUUUGGUCCCCUCAGGAUUCUGCUGGUUUGGACAGCUGGCUACUUUGAUCCUAUCCUGAGUCAGCCUGACUUCCCUGUAACUGGAUCAAAGUCCUCCAGUCGUCCCACUUCCUCAAGUAAAGGCUGCUGCAGGGCUUGUUUCAGGAUUGCUAUGUUUCGCCAUCACCUGCGUACCUCACCCUGCUAAGCUGGAAGAGUAAGUAUACCUAUUAGGUGUAAGUACAGCAUUAGAAAAAAUGAAAUGAGAAAGUCUUUGUCUUACUAAAGAGCUGAGGAGGCCUAAUCAGGCUCAAAAUACUUUCUUGCUAAGGAAUAUCCCUGGUAGCUGGAAAGGUAGAAUGCAGAGGAGCACAACAUGUAAGAUAAAUAUUCCGAGUGGAAUUAAGCAGUGAGAGCUCUCUUUUGACCUACAGGGCUACAUCUCGGGAACAAGUGGGAUAGCCCCCUUAUCCACCUUCCUUCCGUGGCUGUGGGUGGGGAACAAUCCUUGUCAAUCCUUGUCACCUUCGUGUGAUUUAUUCAAAUUCAGGAGAAAUAGCGAAGGAUGGAAUUGUGACAUGCAGGCCUCUGAGGGACAGAUCUGCCUUCUCCCACCCUUACUAGCUGUUCCUAGAAUGUCAAUUGCUGGCUAUUCGGGCUCUUUAUGCUUCGAGCACAGAUUUCACCCUUUGCUCCUAAAAGGCUUUGGGAAUUUUCAAAGCGAACGGUGCAAAAAGGCCACAGCCAUUUUAUACACAGUGAAAAAUGUAUGCACCCUAAAAAAGGAACUUACAGGUGUGCAGUUUUGGAUGCCUUUUCUUUGAACCAUAAAGACAGUUAAUGCUCUGA